AUGAUAGCGCCGGAAUCGCGUAGAGCUGCCCGUCCUCCGCCUGGGUUUUGCGUUCGCCAAUGGCCACCACGUGUCCACCGAACCACCCGGUCGCUUUUACUUGCUCGACCCCAUCACACACGUACCGGAGCACGGGGAAGAGAGAGGUGUUAG